UAGCCCCCCCGUCCAUCUUUCAACGUACAUUAUCUUACGUCUACUCUCUCUCUACCGCCUAGCUUGCAAACGAAUAUGAAUCUCCCGAACGCGCUCAGUAUGCCGAAAAGCCUGACCAUCCCCAAUAAUCCCAACAGCCUCAAUAUCCCUAGUAACAUCACGAAUAAUCUAAACGUUCCACCGCCGAAUGUGCAAAAUUCACAAUCCUCCCCCUGUCAUCACGCGCUAUCAUAUCCGCAUCAUCAUCAGCAAAACUUACAUUCCCACUCCUCCGGCCAGUCCCUGUCGCCGUUGCAAAAUCAACAGAACUCCCCGCUCCUCCAGCAACCGUCUUAUUCCCCGAUCCACACGCAGCAGACCCCGCAACCUCAAGCCUCGAGAUUCCCAUUUCCGUUUCUUGGCAUAACAUCGUAUAGGAGAUUCUAGGGUCGACGAAAAACUGUUGUAGCUUUUACGUGUACGAUGCGACAUACAUAUGAUUUCCCUCGUUCGUCAACCGAUCACAGAAGAAUACUUUCGAAGAAUUUACGAACGACUAAGGCAUCGAGGAUCGUUCUGUCGAUUAGAUCGUGCGUACGAUAAGAUUAUUUCGACGCAUUCAGCAUAAUACGAUGAGCUAUCACGAAAGUAUCGUUCUGCACCUAAAAUUGUGUAACGACACGUGUACGCUUCCUUAGUAGCGAAAGAGAUAUAUACAUAUACACACACACAUAUAUAUAUAUAUAUAUAUAUAUAUAUAUAUAUAUAUAUAUAUAUAUAUAUAUAUAUAUAUAUAUAUAUAUAUGAUAAUGAGAAAAAGCGCGCCCUGUGCUAAUCUUAGCAUAUUAUUUAAUUCACGGCGCUAAGUAUAUUAGUACGUUUCUGAUACUUAAUCAGCAUCCACUUUUUUACUUGUUUCGUAAAACGAUGGAUCGAUUUGAUGAGGUGCAACUAGUGCGUAAUGUUCGCGCGUACGCCGCUAUCGUAAGCUAUAAGGAUGGCAAUCACCUCGAUCGUUUCGUCAUGAUUAAACGAUCGUGAUGACUCUCAUCGAUUAUUAUUAUUUUUUUUUAUUAAGGAAUCUUAUCAAAUUAGUUGCUCUUAUACUGCGACGAUCGUCACUUACAUUUGUACGACUUACCACCAUUCACUUACUCACACCCAUUCUAUACUCGUGUCUCGUCACGGGGAAGAGGGAUGACAUGCAAUAUUUAGAUUUUUUAAAUCGUCACUUCUCUCUCACAGAUUGGCAUCUAGCGGACACUUUUAUCGGCAAUCAUCAAAGCACAAACACGCGAAACUUAAUCGAAACUUUUGCACAUUCUCGUGUCGCUACGUAAACUGUAGCAGUGAAUAUCAAUUUUUCCAGGGGCUGCUAUAUCUAAACUUUGCCUGUAGCCCUCUAACCGCCUAUGGCUAUCUUUCUCCAGCUGCAGUGCGAUCAGUAGAGAAAGGUUCGAGUGUCUACGACGAUAUAUGGCACGCUGUAAGAUCGCGAAAACGAAUACCAUGCUAAACGAAGAAGAAGAUAGCUAUGGGUCGUCGCUUUACCGCACACACACAUAUACACACAACACACACACACACACACACACACACACACACACACACACAGAGAGACACACACAAGAAUUCUUUGCACUCAUACAGAACCUUGCUCUUAGCUGCGGGAUGAUAGCAUUUAAUGUUAAACAAAUACUUGUUGUAUUACGACGAGUGAACUCUGCCCAUUUUACGUUUUGCGUCUUCGACGAGAGGUAGUCGCUACUGUGACGCGCUCGGGAGGAUUAUUUUAAAUAUCGCUCCCGGGCGAAUUUGCACUACGCCCCGGGCGUGGCCGAUCGGAGGAAUAGAAAAUAUAUACUAUACGUAGCGUAAAAAAGAAAAAAAAAAUAUCGGGUUAGCCGAUUACCUCUGUCUCGUUAAAAGUAAAGAAGACGAAAGAAAAGAAAAUAGGUAAAAAAAAAAAAACAGAAAGCUCGCGCAUUGUCUCGUCGGUCACGUUCUCGGGUCGAGACGAGUGCAGAGUUGCGGAUAGUAGAAAAUAAUUUGAAUAUUUGUCUCUCUCUCUUCUCUCUUUCUCUUUCUUUCUCUCUCUCUCUUUCUCUCUCUCUCUCUUUCUCCGAACCGACAGACGUGAGAGCGUGUAUGUUCUUUUUGAUGUCGCGUACUGUGUUAAUAGCAAGAUUGUACGUUACGUUCCAUAUAGGGAACGAUGGGGAAUCAACAAAAAAGACAGAGAGGCGUAAAGAAAAGAAUGAGAAAGCUAGAGAGACAGAGCGGGAGUGAAUCAUAGUAUGUGAGAGCGAGUGAGAGAGUGACUUAGUUAGAAAGGGGGAGGGUAGCGAAGAAAAAGGAGGAUUAAAAAGGAGAGAUUCAACGGAGUAAUAAUAUUUCGUGCGCGGGUCCGCGUGAUUUGAGAUGAGCAGACUCCUAAGCUUUGUGUUUUACGCGUGCAUGAAUAAUGCCUUCAUAUGUUUUGGCUUGUCACACGAAUUCGAGAGAAUUUCGGGACGGCGCACGGGAUUACGCGGUGUAUGCCGCACUUCUCAUACGGAGCAAGUGUAUAAUUCAACGGGUGAUAAUUGCGCAUAAAUACGCAAAUAAUUUCACGCAGCUCACGUUGAUCGUUCACGAGUGCGUCUCGGGUGUUACGCAUUCGCGGGGAAUUUCAAAGAGAUAGUAAUAACGCAAAGAAGAAAAGAGAAAAAAAGCAAACAAACAGUGCAGAACAGAAAAAGUUAAAAAAAAAAAAAAAUAGGGAAGUUUAAGUCGUCAGCCAAACGCGCGACAUUUCUCGACGUUCUACAGGAGUGUUCAACAAAAUACGGCUUUAGAAGCUUGCUUUCUACGUGAUGAUGAUGAUGAUGGUGUUUAAAAGAAAAAAAAAAAAGAAAAACGCGAGGUCGUCUAUGUUAAUCGAAGUAAGAAUUGAGAAUAGCACGCGCGCGCCACGGUAGAUUCGUGUUUGACGAAUUUCUGUGUGUGUACGAUGAAUAAGAUAUUAACCAUCAACUUUUAUAGUAUAUCGCGUGAUUUGAUUCUGCGGAUUCACGACCCGUUAUUCAAGGGGGCUUUGGCAGCAAACGGUUCAAGAAGGUCUUAUUUAUUAUUGAUCAAGCAGUGAGAUGUGAAAUUUUAUAAUCGUGGAAAGUAUAUAUAUAUAUUAUAGAUAUAUAACGCGGGAUGAGAGAUACGGGACAUUUCCUUGUCCUUCCGGUUUUCUUUUGCAAUAGCGAUAAAUCGCAUCGAACGGUCAAACGAGAAGACGGCGGGAGUGUGGAGGGCGAAGGGCGCGAAAAGAGAUAACGUAAGUCGUAUUUUCGGAAGGCCCCGCCGGUCCGACCAGCGUUGUCUCUCAUGUCUCCGAUAGCGGACUUCUUUCUUCGAAUCAACGGUGCGUAUGAUAGGGAAAAGGAAGGAGAAAGAGAAAGAAAUGUAAAACAAAAAGUGAGAAAAAAGAACACGAUAGUCCAAAACAAUGCAAGAGGCGCGAACGUCCUGUCGUUUAUAAAUCGUACACGACGAAAGAAAAAAAAAGAGUAAUAACGAGAAGAGCUUUCCGGACAAAUAUUAUCGAAGUGACUGCACGAUAGUGUAGGAGAGAGAUAGAAAGGGGAAGGGAGAAAGGAGAGGGGAUGGUACAAAAGUCGCACGCGUGUAUAGCUUCGAGGAAAUUUCGGAAAGAAGAAGGAAAAUGUGAGGAAGAAAUCAUUCGAAUGCAUUUGUCGAAUGUUCACACAUCACACACGUGCGCGUAUUUCCAAUUCGAAUAUGCGCGAAUAGGAAAUUAGUAAUCUUUCUUACGGCAUAAUAAUCUGUGUAUAUAUAUAUAGAUUAUACAUAUAUAUAUAUAUAUAUAUAUAUAUAUAUAUAUACAUACACACACACACACACACAUACAUAUAAAUAUACAUACGUAUAUAUAGAUAUAUAUUUAAUUGCUAGGAAUAUUUAUCACAAUGAGAUCAUUGUCGAGAUAAGGGGACAGCAAGAGCCUUUUUUGGAAUACUUGUGUAUUGGUUUCUACUUUACGGUUCUCCGCGCAAAAUUGCGUGUAUUUCGGGCGGGCGUGGAUUUUGUGCCUUUUACCGUACGGGGAGGAGAAAGGAAGGAGAUGGACGGUCAUUUUUGCGUUCGCGAGAUACCAGAGUUCUCUCAUGGUCGUGCACCUUAUCUCUUACGUUUCGAAGGGAUCUUACAUAGGCAGGAUAGAGAAA